AUGGACGAGGAUGAUUUGGAAUCGGCGACUCCUGCCGAAUCGCAGAAGCUUCUGCAAAAAGGCAAUCGAAAUUCGUUCGACGAGACGGAUAUGGUUAUGGUAUUGGACGAUGAUCAGUUGAUAAUGGAGAACCGAAAUAGCAGCGAUUUACAGAGCCCAUUACGAAGUGUCACUGACGUGCUCCGGGAAGCCGAAAACAUUAUCACCGACGGACCGCUCCAACAGGCAACAACACUUGAGAAUCAAAACGUGAUUGUUGAUCAAGUAGAUGUCGAAUUCCCAAACACCCAACCAGCUGACGGUCAGCGCUUCGAGAUUAUCGUUCGUCAUAGUAAAGUCGUUGAACAACCCGCGAAUCAGCAAAGAGACGAAUCGAUGUAUGCCACUAGACAAAAUAGGCUUAGAGGGAGUAUUCGUUCCACUUUCUUUUCAUUUUUUUCCUCUUCUUCAAUGACUCCAACUUUAGGCAUUGAAAUCGAAGGUGGAGAUGGUCCUUCAACUUCGGCUUCUACUAGUGGUGUAUCCACUUUCAAAAAAGGACAUCGUCGCGCAUGGAGCAUGCCAAAUGCAAAAGGAGAGAAAAUGACUGUCGCUGUCAUCCAUGAUAAUCAUGAAGAAGGAGGAAACCAAUAUCGACGACGAAUUGUCAAGUACAAAUUACACCCACAGCGACGAACAGAUGAACCAGGAGUACCACAAAAGCAAUUGAGAUUUGUCACUGCUGGUCAUGAUGCUGAAAUUCAUCUGGAGCAUUCGGAUGACGAUGAUGAGUUAGAAGUAGAGAUCAAUGAAGAAGAAGUAAUCAUUCCCAGUGAAACUGGAGAAGGACCAAGGGCUGUUAUCAAAAGGUUCUGGGAAGCUCGUUGGAAAGCAACAAACUUUGAAACACUCCCGGAAUGGCUUCAAGAUAACGAGUAUCUUCGUACCGGACAUCGGCCUCCACUUCCUUCAUUCAGCAGCUGUUUCAAAAGUAUCUUUGCUCUUCAUACGGAAACUGGAAAUAUCUGGACACACAUGUACGGAUGUGUUGCGUUCUUCGGAAUUGGACUAUGGUUUUUGACAAGGCCUCAUGAUCAGAUGCAAUGGAUCGAGAAGUUGAUAUAUUCUGCAUUUUUCCUCGGAGCUGUGAUAUGUCUUGGAAUGUCAUUCCUUUUCCAUACUGUCGCUUGCCACUCGAUCGAAAUGAGUAAACUGUUCAGUAAACUCGAUUACACUGGAAUCUCCUUAUUGAUUGUCGGAUCAUUCGUUCCAUGGAUCUACUUUGCAUUCUACUGUCGACCGCAACCUAUGAUCAUCUACAAUGCGAUGAUUAUUAUUCUUGGAAUCGCCGCCAUGGUUGUCUCAUUAUGGGAUAAAUUCGCGGAACCCAAAUUUCGACCAGUUAGAGCUGCAGUGUUCAUAGCAAUGGGUCUCUCGGCUGUAGUUCCUGCAUUCCACUUGUUGAUAGUUGAUGGUGUCGAUUAUAUGAUUGAAGAAUCACAAGUUCAUUUGAUGCUCAUAAUGGGUGCAAUGUAUAUAGGUGGAGCAACUCUCUACGCUACAAGAGUUCCCGAGCGAUGUUUUCCCGGAAAAUGUGACAUAUGGUUCCAAUCACAUCAAUUGUUCCACACCUUUGUCGUGCUUGCUGCAUUCGUUCAUUACCAUGCGAUUUCACAAAUGGGAAUGCAUAAACUGAUGAAAGGAUCGUGUUCGGAACAACUGAAAACUCGUUACGGGAGCGAGUUGAAUCCAUCGUUCCUGGGAACUUUGCUGGGACUCGAUGAGGCAGUCGGUGUGAGAGACUGGACACCAGCAGAUAUUGGCCUCUGA